CACACAAACGCACUUACACGUACACAAUGAUAGACCCUGCAGCGGAGCUGCCCUUCUUCUAUGGCAGCAUCAGCCGCGCUGAGGCGGAGGACUACCUGAAGCUAGCGGGCAUGGCGGACGGGCUGUUCCUGCUGCGGCAGUGCCUGCGCAGCCUGGGUGGCUACGUGCUCUCAGUGGUCUGGAACCUGGAGUUCUACCACUACUCGGUCGAGAAGCAGCUCAACGGCACCUACUCCAUCAGCGGCGGCAAGGCCCACUGUGGCCCAGCUGAGCUCUGCGAGUACUACAGCAAGGACCCCGACGGGCUGGUGUGCACCCUGCGGAAGCCCUGCCUGCGGCCCGCCGACACACCCAUCCGCAAGGGCGUCUUCGACAACCUGCGGGACAACAUGCUACGCGAGUACGUGCGGCAGACCUGGCACCUGGAGGGGGAGGCCAUGGAGCAGGCCAUCAUCAGCCAAGCCCCUCAGCUGGAGAAGCUGAUUGCCACCACUGCCCACGAAAAGAUGCCCUGGUACCACGGCAAAAUCCCACGGCAGGAGGGCGAGCGCCGCCUCUACUCUGGGGCGCAGCCAGAUGGCAAGUUCCUAGUGAGAGAGCGGGAUGAAACCGGGACCUUUGCACUCUCUGUGAUGUAUGGCAAAACAGCCUACCACUACCAGAUACUACAUGACAAGUCUGGGAAAUAUUCAAUGCCAGAGGGAACCAAGUUUGAUACAGUGUGGCAGUUGGUGGAGUAUCUGAAAAUGAAGCCCGACGGACUGGUGACCAUUCUGCGGGAGUCCUGCGCAAACCCCAACAGCACCACGGCCACUCCUGUGGUACCCUCAGCGAGAAGGCCCAGAGGAAAUGGAUACACACCGCCACCUGAAGCCCCUGCCGGUGCCUCCAAGCUGCCUGACACUCUUCCAGGCGAGCGGCGGGCCCUGCCCAUGGACACCAGCGUGUACGAGAGCCCCUACAGUGACCCUGAGGCCCUGAAAGAAAAGAAGCUCUUCCUGAAGAGGGAGCAGCUCAUGAUUGAUGAGGUGGAGCUCGGAUCAGGGAACUUUGGCUGCGUCAAGAAGGGCGUCUACAAGAUGAGAAAGAAGCACAUUGACGUGGCGAUCAAGGUGCUGAAGAGUGAAAAUGAGAAGUCAGUGAAGGACGAGAUGAUGAAAGAGGCUGAGAUCAUGCACCAGCUGGACAACCCCUACAUCGUCCGCAUGAUCGGCCUUUGCCAGGCUGAGAACCUCAUGCUGGUCAUGGAGAUGGCUGCUGCUGGUCCACUCAACAAAUUCCUCUCCUCUAAGAAGGACCAAAUCCCAGGGGAGAACGUGGUGGAGCUGAUGCACCAGGUGUCUCUGGGUAUGCUGUACCUAGAGGAGAAUAACUUUGUACACAGAGACCUGGCUGCCCGCAACGUGCUGCUGGUCAACCAGCACUAUGCCAAAAUCAGUGACUUCGGCCUGUCUAAGGCCCUGGGUGCUGAUGACAACUAUUACAAGGCACGCACAGCAGGAAAGUGGCCACUGAAAUGGUAUGCUCCAGAAUGUAUCAACUUCCACAAGUUCUCUAGCAAAAGUGACGUUUGGAGCUAUGGGAUCACCAUGUGGGAGGCCUUCUCUUAUGGAGGGAAACCAUACAAGAAAAUGAAGGGUCCAGAGGUGACCAGUUUCAUUGAGAGCGGGAAACGCAUGGAUUGCCCACCUGGGUGUCCAGACAUGAUGUAUGCUCUGAUGUUGGAGUGCUGGACAUACAAGCAAGAGGAGAGGCCCAAUUUUGCCAAGGUGGAGGAACGGAUGCGAACCUACUAUUACUCCGUCUCCAAGAAGACUCCGCCAGAGGACAAGACAGAAGCCAAUGCUGACGCAGCCCUGCCCGUGUAGAGCAGGAACCAGCACCACUCUGUCCCUGGGCCUUUUAGGGCUACCUUUGUGUGUCUCUGUGGAAGAAUAAAGGACA